GUGUAAUAUGUAAGUGAUUUGAUGGUGGAGACAGGAAAUCACGGAAAGACGCAUAUUGAAUGUGGAGAGCACUCAUGGACUCCAAGGGAACUAGUUGGCUGAAAAAAGAGAAGAAUGAAGUAUAUGCUGAACCAGGCUCCUUGGUUCAGUUACACACAUCCACCAUGAAAGUAAAAGAAGAAUUGGAUGAGCAAGUGAACCAACAGUUUCUUCAAGAUCCACCAAGGAUUGUAAUGCCUAGUCUUCGUAUAAAGCAAGACCUAGAACUGAAACGGGAUUUAGAUGGCAUUGAGCAUGAUUGUCUUGAAGAUAACUUGGGAAUCUCUCAUCCAAAUGAUUUUAUCAAGGAGGAUCCUGAACUAAAUUUGGAGGUGACAGCCUCAGUAAGAAAAGCAUCUGAUAGUUUAAGGUACGUUUUUAUUAUGCACCACAGAAUUUUUUGA